AUGGAACUCCUGAGGACAGGUGGCUUGCGGGCUACUUCCGCCGUGAAUGGGUUGUGGGGCCAUAUUCCUCCUAGAAGUGUUGGGAGGACUACCUUUUCAUCAGGGUCGUCGAUGGUUGAAGGCCUACGGCGCCGGCGAUUUCCAAUAAAAUGCGAAAGUAAGCCCUUACCUAAUUCAGCAAAAGUCCCAAUGGAAUUGGAUUGUAAGCUGCUGAACCAACGUCUAGCCGCUCCUUUGAGAGUGAGCGGGAAAGUACCGCAGAGGAUUGCAUCUGACGAGCUAAAUUUGGGUUUUAUAGAAAAAUUUCCAAAAUUUUCUGUACUCUUUUUCCAAAAUUUCCGAAAACGCACUCUCAAAGGUAAACAGCAACAGAAGCGAAACUACAAAUCUAAUAACGCAACCGUCACUGUUCCUGUCCGGGCCUCGGGUUCUGCUCCUCUGCGGCGAUCCCCGCGCCUGAAUCCUAUCCCCGACGCCUACGAGAGCGACUCCGACGAGAGCGACUUCUUCGAUAGCGACUCCGACGAGAGCGACACCGACAAGCCCAGGGGAAGAUCUGGAAGCAUGACCGACGCCGAAAUGGUCCGCUACGAGGAACAAGUUUGUAAGAGUGAUGGCUUUGAUGUUGAACACUUUUCUGAGGUCAGGGGUUUUGGUAUAAUUCAACCACUCAAUCUAAGCAAUGCGGUGUAUAACAGGAUGUGCAUAAAAGUUUCGGAGCGCGCAAUCGACCAAAUCCACAAGCGCAGAGAACGAAGAGCUGUCAAGCCUCAAACUCCACUGAAGUUUGUGAAGGUAUUGAAAGCAAUGCAUCAGAUUUGCGAUAUGAUGAGGUAUUAUGUAACCUUUGAGGCCAAGAAUGGAGGAGGCGAGACUAAGAUCUAUCAAACCUUGGCGCGUUGGCGUAGAUUCCCCCUUGUUGAAGAUAACUUCACCGUGUUGGUUGUCAGGGAGUAUAAGAAAGAUAAAGGGGAUCAAGUUAUUGGUAUUCACUCGCUUCGUGAGCUGGAAACGCAGUUGAAUGCUGCUUCAACGACAUGUCGCCUGGCAAUCCUGUACUUCUAUAAAGCUCGUCCUUGCCGUUUCAUAUCUCCUUUUUAUGAAAGCUUAGCUCGGAAGUACCCGAAAGUUGUUUUCUUGAAAGUUGACAUUGAGGAGGCUGAGGCGGAGGACGUGACUAAAGAAUGGAAAAUUCGUAGGGCUCCCUACUUUUUCUUUCUAAAAAAUGGCAAGCAGGUGGACAAGGUUGUUGGAAUAGACGCAGAUGAACUUGAAAGGAAGGUUAAACUGCACUCACGCAAGCAAGGUAGAAGCAAACGGGUCACAUGAGAAGAUUUUUCAGCAUAUGGAGAGUUUAAGGAGUUUUUUGGAAAUAUGUAAUACCUUUAAGCUACUCAUCAGAAAAAAGGAAAUAUGUAAUCAUCUAACCCUAAACAGCAGAAUAGUUGUACUCAUUGGAAUGUUGACGUACUGAUGCUUAUUUAGUGAAUGUUAUUAGCAAGUCUUUUAAAUUUGUGUGUGGAUAAUAGUUACUAUAUAUGCUAUCUUUCUCUUAUAAGAUGAUGCACUGAGCUUUUGCCAAUGUGAAAUGUGACUUGUGUGGUUUUU